ACCACUGGCGGGGAGAGGCCCAGUAGCCUGCAGGGACCACACCUAGGUCUCAGGACACCGACCCUGCUGCAGCUCUCCUUGGUGAGGUGGAACCAGCCCUCCUGGCCAUGGGAGGAGCUGUGGUCGACGAGGGUCCCGUGGGCGUCAAGGCCCCCGAUGGGGGCUGGGGCUGGGCAGUGCUCUUCGGCUGUUUUGUCAUCACGGGCUUCUCCUACGCCUUCCCGAAGGCCGUCAGUGUCUUCUUCAAGGAGCUCAUUCGGGAGUUUGGGAUUGGCUACAGCGACACGGCCUGGAUAUCCUCCAUCCUGCUGGCCAUGCUCUAUGGGACAGGCCCGCUCUGCAGCGUGUGUGUGAACCGCUUCGGCUGCCGGCCCGUCAUGCUGGUGGGUGGCCUCUUCGCAUCCCUGGGCAUGGUGGCCGCGUCCUUCUGCAGAAGCAUCAUCCAGGUCUACCUUACCACUGGGGUCAUCACUGGCUUGGGUCUUGCCCUCAACUUCCAGCCCUCACUCAUCAUGCUCAACCGCUACUUCAACAAGCGGCGACCCAUAGCCAACGGGCUGGCGGCUGCAGGCAGCCCCGUGUUCCUGUGUGCUCUGUCCCCGCUGGGGCAGGUGCUGCAGGACCAUUACGGCUGGCGGGGUGGCUUCCUCAUCCUGGGUGGCCUGCUGCUCAACUGCUGCGUGUGCGCUGCGCUCAUGAGGCCCCUGGUGGCGCCCCAGCCUGGCGUGGCACCAGGACCCCAGCGGCCGGCCCGGCGCCUGCUGGACCUGAGCGUCUUCCGGGACCGCGGCUUCGUCAUCUACGCUGUGGCUGCCUCCAUCAUGGUGCUGGGGCUCUUUGUGCCGCCGGUGUUCGUGGUGAGCUACGCCAAAGACAUGGGUGUCCCCGACACGAAGGCUGCAUUCUUGCUCACCAUCCUGGGCUUCAUCGACAUCUUCGCCCGGCCCACCGCUGGCUUCAUCACGGGGCUCAAGAAGGUGCGGCCCUACUCUGUCUACCUCUUCAGCUUUGCCAUGUUCUUCAACGGCUUCACCGACCUCACGGGCUCCACGGCCAGCAACUACGGUGGCCUGGUGGUCUUCUGCAUCUUCUUCGGCAUCUCCUACGGCAUGGUGGGGGCGCUGCAGUUCGAGGUGCUCAUGGCCGUCGUGGGCACCCACAAGUUCCCCAGCGCCAUCGGCCUGGUGCUGCUGCUGGAGGCCAUGGCCGUGCUCAUCGGGCCCCCGUCUGGAGGCAAGCUCCUGGACGCCACACACGUCUACAAAUACGUGUUCCUCCUGGCGGGGGCCGAGGUGGUCACCUCGUCCCUGGUGCUGCUGCUGGGUAACUGCUUCUGCAUGGGGAAGAGGCCCGAGGCGGUGGCCGCAGAGGAGAAGCUCCACACGGCCCCCGCGGAUGUCAGGGUGGACUCGCGGGAGGUGGAGCACUUCCUGAAGGAAGAGCCCGAGAAGAACGGGGAGGUCGUUCACACCCCAGAAACAAGCGUGUGAGUGGCCUGGCCGGGCCGGCGGGGCACAGGGACAAGGUACAGAGACCGGCAACGCUCCUAUUUAUUUCACAAAAAGGACCAGCUUCAGGCGGGGCCACCGGCUCGGCUCCGGCUGCCUGGUCAGCGGAUCAUCACCUGCUCAGUAUUUUGCGGGGAGGUGGCGGGGUGGGAACUGUGUCAUUCCAAGGCGGAUCUGCGGUGAAGCCAAGCCGCGAGGUUACUAGCCGUCUGCACCAGGGACCCAGUGUGACCCACGCAGCCUGGCCCCCACUGCUGUCCUCAAGGACCUAGAAACCCACGCUUCAGAGACAACACGACUUUAAUCAGAGGGCAGGGAUGGGGGCAGGCGGGCACUGUGUGCCGGGCCCUCCCUAGUGCCUGUCUGACCCCUAUUCUGUGCCCUUGGUCCCCACAGUGGUGCCCCUGCCCGUCCCCCUGUGUGUCUAGGGGACAAAGAGCUUGUCGCACCUGUGGAAGGUGCAGAGUAAACCUGCAUGUGGGACAAGGUGUCCCACGAGGAAUCAUGUUUUAGGAGCCA